ACCCAACUCUUCUUCUCAUCUAUUAUCCAUACCACAUCAUUUAUUUUCCUCUCAAAACUUCAAACUUCACCUAUAUUCAAUUCCAAAAAAAAAAAAUGAAACACCAAAUUCUUUCUUAUUUUUCACUUAUUUUACUUAUAAUCCUCCAAUUUUCAACCUUAACAUUAUCUCAAACAUCCCUUACCCCACCCCCUACUGGUCCAACAAACAUAACACAAAUACUAGAAAAAGCAGGCCAAUUCACAACAUUAAUUAGACUUAUGAAAGUAACACAAGUUGGUGAUCAAAUCAACACACAACUUAAUAAUUCAAACCAAGGCAUGACUAUUUUUGCACCAACAGAUAAUGCAUUUUCUAGCCUAAAAUCAGGCACAAUAAAUUCAUUAAGUGCACAACAACAAGUUCAAUUAGUACAAUUUCAUGUCCUUCCUAAUUUUAUUUCUAUGUCACAAUUUCAAACUGUUAGUAACCCUUUAAGAACACAAGCUGGUGAUGCUAGUCCCGGAGACUUCCCGUUAAACGUAACGACGUCCGGUAACCAAGUUAACGUGUCUACCGGAGUUGAUGAUGCUACUGUGGCUAAUACAAUUUAUACUGAUGGUCAGCUUGCAGUUUAUCAGGUUGAUAAAGUGCUUCAACCUAUGAGUAUCUUUGGUGCUCCUACUCCGGCAAUGGCACCGGCUCCGGCGACGUUGAAAUCAAAGAGCAAAUCUCCGGAAGGAUUGAGCCCUAGCUCCGGCAACGACGACUCGCCGAUGGAUAAUUCCGGUACUGAGAGGAUUGCCAUGCACGGCACGACGGUUUUGGUUUUUGUAAUUUCCUUGUUUGCGUUGUUAUAAAUAUUAGAAAUUGGACGGUGAGGAUUCUUUGUGAUAUUUGAUGAGUUGAUUCGACGGUUGUGAUGCAUUUGAAUAAUUACCAUUUUAUCUUUUUUUAGUUUUGGGUAUAUUCAUCUAUGUAAACUACUAAGAAACAAUUUUUGAUGUAUCUACAAUUAUGUGUAUUUCAUUAUAA